AUGAGCAAUCUUAGUCAUUAUACGAUUCGUACGCACAUAGCACACACCAAUCACAUACCUUUAAAGAAUCGUAAUGUUGCAAUAAGACCCGUGAAUUGUGUUACAGGAACUUGGCCACCCGGCGACAUCGUCCUGGAGGAUGGCAGCUCGUUGCGCAUACUUUGCAUCCUCAACAAGACGUUUAUCGAGGCCUCGUUCCCGGGCAAGAACUCGUCGGACCUUGUGUUCUUCAAGGGCCACCGGCAGAUCGAGCCGGAAUUCAUAAGUGUACUCAACGACACGACCAUACAGCUGGACGUAAGCAGGCCACCACCCGAGAAUGCCAUGUAUUACUGCAAGCUCAGACUUGACAAGACCUACGACAAGGAUUACGAGGCUGUAUGCCUUAACAAGGUCGUCGUCGGAUACAAGCCGCAGGCAGAGAACUUCACGUGCAUGUCACAAAACUGGGAGAACCUCACCUGUUCGUGGGAUCCGCGUGACAACAACGUCGACACCGUCUAUUCGGUAACGUUCAAACUGCCUGGACGGGCGGGUGGCCGCAAGGUCUACCCGUGCCCCAGCGACGCCCGACCCCCGGAGCCCGGCAAGGACAAACCUCGCAACAGGUGUUUCUGGGAUUCGACGACAAACCCUAUUUACCGGCAGCCUUACGAGUAUUACACGUUCCACCUUAUCGGAGAAAACGUCCUCGGCAACUGGUCAUACACCCACAAGUUCCAUCAUUUUGCUUACGUUAUACCAGCGAGGCCAACGAAUCUUACCGUGGUGAAUAAGACACUCGACAGCGUGAUGCUGCACUGGAGCGUUCCAUUCCCCAUGCAAACCUUCCCCGCAGGGUUGCAUCACCGCGUGGCCCACCAGAACCAAUGGGACGGCAGGAAGACCUGGCAGAUUGUAAACAUUACGGAUGAGCCUCACAAUCCAAAGAGAUAUUACAGUCUUACUGGACUUCAGUACGCCAAUGCGAUUUACGACGUCAGGGUUUACAUCAAGAGUGCAGUUGCCAGCGGAGAUGAUAAGUGGAGCAACUUCAGCGGCGUCACUUUCCGAACACCAGCCAGAGUGCCCAGCCAAUCGCCACGCACGGAUGUUGGUAGCUUCGAGGUUUCGGAAAAUAACAUCAACCGCGACGUGUAUUUGUACUGGCAGUCGAUACCAGCCCACCUCGAAAAUGGCAACAACUUCCGCUACCAGGUAAUCCACGUGGAGGAAAACGGCCAGCGCAUCGGCAUUGCCCCCAACGAAAUCACCCGUACGUACGCUAAGUUCCGGGGAUUGGCGCAUCACAGCAGCUACCACUUCGAGAUCGUUUCAAGCAACGACGUCGGCAUUUUCGAUAAGCCCACCAAAGUCUUUGUUCCCAGUCGCUAUUCAAUACCGAAGGAGCCAAUAGCAUUUACAAAAAUUGCUUUUGAUGAUGGAUUGUACGAAUUAUCGUGGAAACCACCAAUUGGAGGUGACGAUGAGAUAACGAAUUAUACUAUUUUCUGGUGUGAAAACGAUAGGGAUCGACCUUAUCAAUGUCAAGGAUAUCUCGAGUGGUUGCACGUAUCGAAGAUGUCAACGGCUCACAAUGUCACGGUGCCCGACCCCAAGCGCGUCUAUCAGUUCGCGAUAUCGGCAAACACACAGCGGGCGAGCAGCGGAAUGGUUUGGGCCUCGUGCACCGUCAUUCACAAUAAAGUCGUCGGCAAAAUGAAAACAGUGUGGAUAAACCACAUGGAUUCGACAUUCAUCGAUGUAAGCUGGAAACUCGACUGCUCGGACCGUAUCGGCAUCGUCGAGGGUUUCAAAAUCUAUUACUGUCCGAUCGUCGCCCCCCGUAAUCUGAACUGCAAUGGACCGAAACUCAAUACAACUAUCAAAGCCGAUGUUAACACAGUUACCGGCAAGGUUACCGGACUGAAGCCCUAUACAACUUAUAUGAUUGCCGUCGCCAUACUUACUAAGAACGGCGAGGGCCAGCACAGCGACCCCCUGUACAACACGACAUACGAGUCGGCCCCGAGUGAUCCGCCUCGCGACAUUGUCGUCCACAACGUCACUAACACAACGAUGUACCUGGAGUGGAAGAGUCCCGUCGCGCUCAACGGCAUGCUGCGCUACUACGUCGUGCAUUAUAACGAGCACAGGCGAGUGGUGAACGAAGUGCCACGGGUCGAGCUGCGCGGUCUCCAAGCGAACCGGAACUACAGCCUCAGGGUCAGCGCCUGCACCGUCAACUGUAGCGCCGAGUCCGAAGCCGUGCAUAUUCUUACCGGCAUCGGCGUACCCGGUAGAAUAACGCCACCCACCGUGAGAUUCGUCAAUUCGAGUCAGGUGCGGCUGCUAUGGAUGAGGCCGCAACUACCCGCCGGUCCUCUCGAUUACUUCCAGAUAAAGAGCAACGACGGCGAGAUACAGAACACCACCAGCCUAGAAGCCUCGCUAUCGAUUCCCGAUUGCAAAACCGUGGGCAGGGAGAAAUUGUACACGUUCCAAGUAAGAGCCGUAAAUAUCGCACCAAAUAGCGAGCAUCUCUUUGGAAAUUGGUCUGACGCUGGCGAGGGCAAUUGCUUCAGUAACGGUCCAUCUUAUCGCGUAUGGAUAAUUAUUUGGGUUAUUGGAAGUAUAUGCGGCAUUGCAUUCGUUUUCUGCGUUGGUUAUUCCUCCAAAAGAUUAUGGCUUAAAUGCAAAGCGAUGCAAGAUGUUGAAGUUAAACUUCCACCAGGACUAGCUCCAAAUAUGAAACUUUUACAGAAGUCCGGGGAGCAGCAUACGCGACAAUCGUCAGCUGAUUCGAGUGGUUGUUCAAGCGGCCAGGAAUCGGUAACUUCGUCAUUGACUUCAGACUCGCAAGUGUCGAGUGACAGUGGUGCCGAGGUAGAUCCUGUUGUACCGAAGAAGCUCGCUCUCGACGCACCGACGGCUACAGCACCGGCUUGGGAGUCUUCGAGUCUGCGUCAGCGUAAUGUGGCUGGGGCAACAAAGCCAAGCCUCGAGGCUACAGCUACAAGAUGGGAACCCUAUGUUAAGGUUGCCAAAGGCUCCAAUGAGCUUAUAAUACCUACAACACUGCCCGCUGAUACUCUGUCACUUGUUAGGUCUACACCAAAUCUCAGCGACAACAUCGGCUAUGUCACUUCACAGCAGACAUGGUCUUCCACAGGUUAUAUCAGCAUGCCCUCAUCGGAGGAGAUGUCGAACAAUUCAAGUCCAGUUCCUAAAGAAAAUCCAAAUGCAGGCAGCUACAGCGUAGUAGGGGUUAUAUCAAAGUCCCCGAUACGUUGCAAAUCCGAAGAAGAAUCCAUUUCAUUGAGUAAAACAAGAUCUGAAACAGAAAACAAAACAACGACAAAUCCAUACGUGAGCCUUGUCUCGCUAGAACAAAAAUCAAAGGAUAACACAAAGAGAGCAAUUGACUCCCUACGGAUGUUCGAGGACCUCGGUUUGGACAAGUCGAAACAACAGCCUCAGCAACCGGAAAAGCUCUGGAGGCCGUACGUGCAAACUGGCUUUCUCGAGGUGCAAAAGCCACCGGCGACAAGUCUGGACGCAAGGCGGCAGCCCGAGGAUCAGCCAGUUGCCAAGUUUACGAUAGGCCAACAACAGGAGGCGAAGCCCUACGUGACCGUAGCAUCGAUUGCCGAGGGGACGGCACGAAAACCGGAACCGCCCACAGCUGCGCACAAACCCUAUGUGCCUGUUACCUCGUUCGUAGGCGGUAAUAGCGAGCCCAAACCCACGGGUACUGUGUUUCAGAUGCUCCAACAGAGCAAAUCUGCGAGUCUGGAGACCUCCGGAACCGCCAGCUCAGAUGAUCAUGAUAGAGUCGGUCUGUACCCUUCGCUGGAUUUGGAAGCGACGAGGGAUGACGAAUCGUCGUCGACGUCGUCGUCGUCGUCUGCCUCUUCGUCCUCGACUUCAAGCUCACCGACAUCGAGCUUCGUUCUUUGCUGGCAGCCUGGCGAUCCGGACGCGCCCAAGGACUAUCAUCAUCUCCACCAACAACAACAGCAGCAGCUUUCCUCACCACCGACGUCGAAACCAAUCUCCGGUUACGUAACGCUACCAGAACAGCAACAUCAGCCAAAAUAUCCGAGUCGUUUUGCCAAACCCCAGCCUCCACAACAGCAGCCACAACAACAACAGCAGCUGCUGCCUGCUCAAUCCGACGAACAAUAUAGCAAGGUCGCGGUGGUGCCUCGCACGACGCACUAGUGCUUCCUCUAGCGAUAAGUGCCCGCACUGCCUAGAAGCUGGGCACGCCCUUUGACUCACUUUCGCCGUGUUCGUUUAUCUUCUUCCUUGAUUCGCCCCUCUGGAGCUGUAAACCGAUUUUUCUCUUCUCCCUCCGUUCUACGUUAGGAUCAUGACGCGUCGUUUUAGCACGCCGAGGAGAAAAAAGGUUCCCCUCCCUCCGUGACGAAUCUAGCCUCGUUAUCGAGCGCACAGCUGAUUAUUAGCUUUCGACGUUCGAACGUUUGGAUGUAGGUUCGUUAGUAUUCGACGUAAAAGUAAACUUUCUUAGAUCGUUAAAUCGAAGUGCGAUGAUUUUGAUGUGAGUAGAGAAACAAAAAAUUUCUAUACGUUUUGCAUCUCGUUGUUUUCAUCGCCAUUCACUGAUAUUUUUGUAAAUGAAAGUAAUAGCCAGGCUUCAAAGUCAUACAAAACUUAAAAGAAAAACUCAGAAUUCAAUAUAUAUGUGCUUU